AUGUUCAGUUAUUUUUUAACUGCUAAGAUAUUUCUCAAUUUAAACAGUUAUACUUUAUUUAGUUCCAUUGUCCUUCUUGUGGGUUGUUUUACUCAUAUUUUGAUAUCUCUUAACUUUUACGUUCGUGAAGUGGAUUUUUUACAUCUUAUACAAUUUCACCUUGCUGAAUGCAUUCCCAUAAUCUUUACAAUAACCUAUUCAAUGCUAGCAAUUCUCUCAUUUAUACUUAUUUGUUUAAAGUUUCGAUUGACAACUUUAACAUAUCUUUCUUAUUACGAAAAUUUUCUAAUGAAAAUUACACUAUUCGCUGCUGUAACGCUUGCUAUAAUAAACAUGCUCAUUUCCAUUUUCUGCUUCAUUAAGGAAGGAAAUCUCACAAAAAGGACAGAAAAUGGACUCUACGCUGCCAUACAAGACUACAAUAACGACCAAAAAUCUAAAGAAAUCAUGGACAGAAUUCAAAUUAGGUAUCGAUGUUGUGGCAUUAUUUCUUACAAAGAUUGGUUUCGACAUGAUUGGUUUAAAAAAAGAAGUGAUUCAGAUGACCCUAUAAGUGCACUAAUGAAACUAUCUGGGAAUGAACAUAUUCCGUUUAGCUGCUGUUCUGAUGUAUUGCUUAGACCAUGCAUUCACCAUUUUCUCCAGUCCGACAAACACUUAUAUGAUUAUGACUUUGUUGGAGGGACACUUCAUACGUUCUGGACAGAAGGUUGUCUUGAGAUAAUUUCUCAUAAUUACUUGAAUGCCUUUCAUUCCGUGAAUUUUUCUAAUUUCUUGGUAAUGACGCUUUAUUUAAUUCAAUUCGUUUUUGAUCGAAUAAUACAAACUGCCGACUCUACAACUUUUAUCAAUGGCCAUUUGCAAAGUUGGGUUUUUAUGAAGCCAGCAAUGAAUCAAUUCCUUUUCCCAGGAAAUAAAUAUAAGCUAGGUGCAUUAAAAAGAAAAUUUAUUAUGGAUACCGGAAGAUAUAAAAAACACAAAUCGGUAAUAGAAAAGAAAAAGAGAGAAAGAAAAUGCAGAAAAUCUGUGCAGUUUAAAGAAGUUGUUGUCUCUUACCCUAAUUCGAAGGAACGAAGUGAAGACUCUUGUCAAGAUGAAGAAAAUAAAUCAAAAUAA